GGCUGGCAUCGAGCAUCGAGUAUGGUAUCGGAGUGACUGAAGCAACAGCUGUUCAGAUUGUAAACAAAGAAAAAACAACAAAACCAAAGGUCGCAGUGGAAUUACGUUGUAAUCGCCUACAGGAGGUGCCUAGAAAUCGCAAUUGGCGUGAAGAGAUAUCACGUAAUCGGACGCAUGUGCAGUCUACAUGUCGAGGAGGAAGCCCACUUAGCGGCCAUGGCUGGAAACAGGGACAGAACACUAACUUGCAUCGAACUGUUCGACAUCUGUUGGGAGGAUGUGCUCAUACCACAUAUGUCCAUUUACCUGUCGCUAAAGGACCUAUUCAAUUUGCGUUGUUGCUCGCAAACAGCGCGACGUUUUGCAGAGACAGCGUUGGAAAAGCGCCAGGAGCUUCACUUGUCCGGCAACAAUACAAGAAAUAUUGAUCUGGGUUUCCAGGUGGUGGCCCGUUGCUGCCGUCGGCUGGAGGUGUUGCAUCUGGCAUGCUGCAAGUGGCUGACCGAUGAUCUGCUGCUCCCAUUACUGACCAAUAAUAAGCACCGUCUCUGCGCCGUAAAUCUCAAUGAAUGCGUUAACAUUACGGCUCUGUCGCUGCAGCCGAUUAUAGUGGAGUGUAAGGACUUGCGGAUUCUAAAACUGUCCAAGUGCCAGUGGCUAACCACCGGCGCCGUGGAUGCCCUGACGUUGCAUCAGAGCAAGCUGGUGGAGUUCGAUAUAUCCCACUGCGGUGCCAUUGGCGAGCGCUGUCUGAUCAUAUUCUUCCGCAAGCUCAACAAGCUAACCGUCCUGUCGCUGGCCCAUACACCGAGUGUCACGGAUCAGGUGCUCAUCCAGAUCGGCAACUAUUGCCGGGAGCUGGAGCACAUCAAUUUGAUGGGCUGCGUGGCCAUUUCCGACUAUGGAGUGCAUGCACUGACCAAGAGCUGCCCCCGGCUGCAAUCGCUGAUGGUGCAGCGGUGUCCUCUGGUUACCGAGCGUGUUCUGGCUCCGUUGCGCGGACGAGUGCACCUGGACCGACCCAGCAUGGGCUACAAUCUGCCAGCCAGUCAGCACCAUCGGCUGUUCCUGCAGGUGUGAGAGAUCUCUCCUCAACUGAGGAGGCUUUCGAGGCUACAUGGAACAGGUUUUGCUCUGUAAAUACAUGCCACUGCAUCGGACGCUUUAAUUUACUUUUAGGCUUAAUCAUACCAAAUGUUAACAUUAGUUUAUGCUGUACAAUAAACUUAUUUACUCCUA